UCAUCCCAUUCAGAUGAAACCUGCAGAUAGUGAAAAGUCCAACGAAGAAUGCCGAAUCCUUCGGGGACCAGACGGACUCAGCAGAGUGCACAGCUUCAAUAUGGAAUCUAGUCGAGGCUGUGCGUUUGUCACGUUUUCGACAAGGGCAAUGGCACAGAAUGCAAUCAAAGCUAUGCACCAGUCCCAGACUAUGGAGGGCUGUUCUUCACCAAUUGUCGUGAAGUUUGCUGAUACCCAAAAAGACAAAGAGCAAAGACGUUUACAACAGCAGUUGGCACAACAAAUGCAACAGCUCAAUACUGCCACUUGGGGAAACCUUACAGGCCUCGGAGGAUUUACCCCACAGUACCUGGCUAGAUUAGACAUUAAUAUGGAUUUACAGCAUCCACUCUGGGGACCUUCAUUCCAACACCAGGCAGAAGCAAGAGACUGUAUAAAUCUUCUGCAGCAAGCAACAUCCUCCAGCAACUUGGGUGCCUUCAGUGGCAUUCAACAAAUGGCUGGAAUGAAUGCUUUACAGCUGCAGAAUUUGGCAACCUUAGCAGCUGCCGCCGCCGCAGCCCAGUCCUCGGCCAACACCGCCAAUGCGAAUCCACUCUCCACAGCAACAGGGGCCCUUGGUGCACUCACAAGCCCAGUGGCUGCAUCAACAGCAAAUUCCACAGCUGGGGCAAUGAAUUCUUUGACUUCUCUGGGGACUCUACAAGGACUAGCUGGAGCAACGGUUGGAUUGAAUAAUAUUAAUGCACUAGCAGGUACCGUAAACAGUGAGUAUUUAUUGCUGUGGUGGACACUCCAGCAAUUUCCCUGUAAUCACCUUAGGGACACUAAUCGUUUUAGUAGAGUGAAUGCUACUAGGGAAAUAACACAUGUGCAAAAUGGGUGAUAAAAUUGAGAAAUUCUAUUCCAGACAGCUUCAGGCCCAAAAUCUAA